GACUAAAUGUGAACAAUCAGAAAGUAAGGAACUAAAUGUGAAAGUGAUAUAAUAAUAUGACUAUCGUCUUCACAAGUUAUUCUCCGAUUUGCCCUAGUUGUUAAAGUACGAAGUAAUGUUUCUUGGUUUGCGGGUGUGGUGAAGCAUUGGUAAGCCAACGAUAUAGCUUCGUGCGUUGUUCCAUCUGCUGUUUGGAUGAUGGCUACCAGAAGCAUGGAUAGAUUCAGUGAACUUCCUUCGGAAAUACUUGACAAAAUAUUGGGAUUAUUGGCCAUUCAUGAAGCUGCUGGAAUGGCCAUUUUAUCUACCUUCUGGAGAGAGAUGUGGUUCAAUCUUAGGGAUCUCGAUUUUGAUUAUAAAUUCUUCUGUUACAUUGAGAAGAAAUACUCAUCUGCUCACACUGAUGUCAGGACCAAAACAACAAAAACUAAAACAAUGAAUAGUGAUAUCCUGACCUCUGCUGGCAUGUAUGUAGUCAACAAAGUUCUCAUAGAGCACAAAGGCCAUAUUCGCAAAUUUAGAUUUUCUUUUUUUCACCAUGCGAGGAGUUCACUGGCAUCACGGUCAUUUGACAUUGAUCAAUGGCUCCUUUUGAUCACCCGAAAAGGGGUUGAAGAAAUCGACAUUCGUUUUGACCGAGACGGGCAAGAUGAAUACUCGCUGCCAAAAUGCAUAUUUUCUUGUCCAACGCUCAAGACAUUGCGUCUCCAUGGAGUCUCUGUUGAACCAUUAGAUGUGCCUUGCAUAUUACCAAAUGCCACUUCACUUUCUUUUGAAAAUGUUGAAUUUGAGCCUAAUGAUACUCUAGAAUAUAGAGUUAAUGUUCCUAUGCUUGAGAGUUUGUUGUUUAUCGAUUGUGAUAACAUGUUCCGUUUUAACAUUACUGCACCAAAACUCUGUGAGUUACAUAUUCACUCUCCGUAUGACCAAUGCCGUAGUUUUCUCCCAGUUCACUUGGAUAUGGCAUCUGUUAGUACUCUUAUUCUAGAUGCCCUUUCUCUCAAGAAAUUUGUUAAAGACUUCCCAAGAAGUGGACCACAACUACAACCACAUGAACUAAAUGUGGAGCGCCUCUGUUUAUCAAAUGAUUCACAUUUAUAUACUGAAGAUGGUGUGUCUUCUGGCUUCACUCAUUUGUUGAAAUUAUGUCCAAAGUUGCGUGAAAUAAAUAUGGAUUUGGCGUUUUUCAAAGCUCUGAGAGAUUGUUUAGGCACAAAGUCAGAGAAUUCGAAGGAACUUUAUCGCGUGGCUGAAACUCACAACUUGCUUCACACUAUGAGGAUUGACUUCGUUAAUGCAUGUGAGAAUUAUCCGGCUUUGAUCAAGGGGCUGCUUUCUUCCUUUCCAACACUUGUGAAGUUUGUCAUAUACGAUCUCGACUCUGAAUUUAAUAAAAAGUUUUUGGAAUUUCCCACAAACGUUGAAAUGAAGGUUGUGAAUUUGAAUACUGAAUGAUUUCUGGGUUGUGUGAUUGGCAGUGUAGGCAUUGCGUUUGGCAUUUGCUAUCAUUUCAAUUCAAUCAAUGAUUUGUGGAUAGCAUAGCCAAUUAUGGGCAGACGGUAGUUUUGCUACAAACUCUAUCAAGUAAUAUAAGUAUUGUUUUGUUGUUAACUUGUUAAUGCUAUUUUGGCUAAUAACUACUGCGUAGAAUAUUAGUGGAG